AAAUUCUAAACUUGUAGUUUUCCGUAGUCUUUCUUUUGCUUUAUGAAGGUUGAAGCAUAAAUUUUGUUUUCAUUAGGACUUUGCCAAAAAUCUCCAGUGAAGAAUUUGAGCUGAUAUUUGAUGAGAUGGAUGAUAGUCAUGAUAUAAAGAUCAACAAGGAUGAAUUUGCUGAUAUUUGCAAUGCAAUUGCUUUAAAAUUUCAGAAGGAAGAUGUUAUGUCUUACUUUGAGUAUUUAGCAUUCUACGAUUGGCCCAGCUCAAAGACAUUGAAAGAAUUUGUAAAGAGUGCUAUGUUUGGAUACAUAGUGUCCUUCAUUCUUAUAGUAAAUCUGGUUGCAGUUAUCAUUGAGACAACGCUUGAUAUAGAAAACAAUUCUGGUCAAAAGGUGUGGCAAGUGGUUGAGUUCAUUUUUGGGUGGAUAUAUGUAGUAGAAAUGCUUUUAAAGGUUUAUGCAUAUGGAUUUGAGAACUACUGGCGGGAUGGUCAAAAUCGCUUUGAUUUUGUUAUCACGGUGAUAAUUGGUAACUUAUUAUGGUGCUUGAAUACUUUUUGCUCUUUAAACAUGUGGUUGAAUGCAUAGAAUUUGUUCUUUUUCCUUACCAUGAGAAGGAGAUAUUCCAGUUUAAUUUGGUUCUGUUGAAAUACAAAACCAAAUUCAAUCCAAUUCAAUCAGAUUAAAAGUAGUUUGGAUUAGAUUGAGGGGUCUGUUUGAACAAAUUUAUCCAUAAGCUCCUUCUAAAAGAAAAAUUGAAAUUAGCUUCUCCAAAAA